AUGAAUGUGAGGGCCGCAUGGCAUGCUGGGUAUACAGGAAAGGGUGUCCUAUUGGCUGUUGUGGACGAUGGAGUCAACAUGAAUCAUCCAGACCUGGAGGAUAAUUUUGUGAGUCUUUCUACCAGUCAUUAAUUAUCCCCUAGGGGGUGGGGUAAUUUUUUUUUUUAGUGGGGGGAGGUUGGAGGAUUUGGUGGAACGCAUGAUUUUUAGGGAGAACAGAAGGGGGGAACAGUCGUCAUCCACAGGGUAUAAAUGGGGGGGCUAUAGAAAACUGAGAGCUAAUGUGAGGGGAUCAUAAAAAUAGCACAACGUUAGGGGGGGGGGGGGGGGACAGGUAAAUUUAAUCGUGACACAACCAAAAUCCAUAAACAGCCCCCAUGUAGUCAAUGAAUAACGACCACGCAGUCCCUUUUCAGUUUAUUUAGUGGUAAAUAUCCCUGAGUUUUGCCUAUUCAAUUCGUGAAGUCGCAGGAUUCGCCGCGAACUUCUCGUGACCAGAAACAGAGACAAGGACUUUCUAUCUUUCAAAAGAAGAGGAGUAUGACUUUAUGCAGGCCUGGCAAAUCGAUAGUACAUAUUCAUAUUCCUUGCCAAGGAGGGCCCAUUUCAACUUUGAUCACACCUAGGCUCCUGAAACAGCGCCUUGACGCGGUACAUUUCAAUUGAGCUAACUGAGCUAACUUAACCAUACUCGUGAUCUGAUUUACAAAUCGAACUCCCGCUCCGUGAUCUUCCGAUUUUGUUAAUCACUCCGAUGUCUGUUAACAGACCGACUUGGACUUAAUUCAGUCCUAUUGCCGUUAUCAAACGAAGCAGCGAAGUAGCUACAAGGUACUGGGGUAAACGCUAGAAUCCCUUCGUUGUGAUCAAAGGCAACCUAUCAUUCUCCUUAGUGCCAUGCACCCCCUUAAUGUCAAAACUCGAUCAGUUUUGAUUGAGUUAAAUUGAAGUUCACAUUAUUUUCUUUUGUUGACAGAACGUAGAUUCAAGUUAUGACUUCUUGACUGAUAAAAAUAUAUCCAGGUCCCAUAGCCCGGGCAGGUAUGGUGUAACUGGCAGAAUUUUCAUGUUUUCGAAUAAUAUACGAUAUUAGAAACCACCGCAAUUUUAUGUUGCCACACAUAAUACAUAACCAUUUUCUGUUUUUUAAACAAGAAAGUGUUAAAAAUUAUUUACUGUAGUGUUGUUGUUGUUGUUUUUUUUUCACAAUACUUACAAUUACUGAUAGGUCUUUUUUUAUCAUAAAACAAGAAACUGAAUUUACUGAAAUAGAACGAGAUAUUAUAAUGGACGAAAACUGAAAAAAGCCUAAGAAGAAUCAAGACAGUUGCCAUAGGUUUUGUUUUUUAUCGCUUGUAACAUGGCUGAAAUCAUGAUCUCUUUUAUAAGGUGUUUAGAAGUGAUCAAGCUGGCUACUCAUUCGGUGCUAGAAGACCUACUGAUACAUAGUGAAAUAUAGUUCACCAAAUGGUUAAUUACAUGUAUGACAGUGAACGAGACGCUAACGGCAUGUAAUGCAAAGACAGGCAUGUGUAUCACUUCACUCUGCAUACUCUAUUGAUUCAUCUAUAUAUUCAUUUUACACUGUUGUAGUCAUGGAACAUCCUGCGCUGGAAUUAUUGCUGGAAGAAAAGAUACCAAUUGUGGUGUGGGUAUCGCUUACAACUCGCAAAUUUCAGGUAAAUUUAGAGCGCUUUUCGAUUCUGAAUUGGAACUGAGAUUCAUCCGCAAUUUCUCGGCAGUCACGUAUGUUUUUUGUUGCAUAAAUGUGAGAUUUUCCUAAACCAUGUAAAUACAAUUUUUUGAGAUGCUUUAAAACGGGUCGUACCACAUAAGAACAAAGCUUAGCGAUGUGAAUAUAAACGGUUAUAUUUCUCUCGGUUAGGUAUUCGAAUGCACAACAAGAACAGCAAAUUAUCCGACCAAAUGGAGGCCGCUGCUUUGGGUUUCAGAAAUAACUUUAUUGACAUAUACUCGAACAGCUGGGGGCCUGGGGACAUGGGCUGGCAUGUAGAGGGACCUGGUCCUCGACUAGCGCAAGUCCUAAAAAAAGGAACAAGAUUGGUAAGUUUAAUGAAUCCAAACCACAAAAAAAACCUGAUGUUCUUGCUUAGGGUUAGGGUUAGGGUUAGGGUUAGGGUUAGGUAGCUGGUAGGUGUGAUAAGGCUAUAUUCUGUUUUUGUCCGGCAAAAUGAGACGAUCUAUCAGCAGUGAAAGAGUUCAACCACUUUUAAUGUGAUCUAAUGCGGCGUUUUCUUGCGCAGGGGCGUCGUAACAAAGGAUCGAUCUUCGUAUUCGCGGCUGGAAAUGGCGGAGUGACGGGGGACAGCUGCGCGUUUAAUGGUUACGUAAACAGUAUUUAUACAAUCGCUAUCUCCGGAGUGAACUGGGAUGGAAAAGUACCAGGCCACGCUGAACCGUGCGCAGCUAUCAUGGCUGUAACUUAUGGGGAAGACAAAUACGAUAGAAGAAAGGCUCCUGUGGUAAGCAACAAGUCAACAGAGGAUGAAAGAAAGGAACUGACAGUGCCCUUAUGUUACUUCGAAAUUUUCAGUUGUAUUCUUGAUAGUUCAAUGAUUUAUUCCCCAUCCUAUCACAGACCGUAAAUUCUAAGGGGAGCCUGCAUUCCUUUAUCUUAUAUAGUUAAGAAACAUAUUAAAACUUUUACUUGUUACUUGAUUUCAUCUGUAGAUAACAGCCAAAAAUACGAGGGAUUGCACAGAGUAUUUUCCGGGAACUUCCGCCUCUGCUGCAAUGGCCUCUGGGAUUAUCGCUUUGACACUAGAAGCAAAGUGAGUUGGAAUAUAAAAUGGCCCGGGAAAUUGUAAAAACUAUCUCCUUUUUUUUCCCGGGCAUCAGCCUCAUUUGGCGUGAUUCUUUCCUUUGCAAAGUUUUAAUUCGUGAUUUAGUUCCGUAACACUGUACGCCCACUUUAAUCAAUUUACUUAUCUGUGUUAGUAGAUGGAAUAUGUACUGAUAACGCUCUUUCACGCUUUUAGCCCAAGUCUAACGUGGAGGGACAUUCAGCACCUGAUAGCUAGAAGUUCAAAGCCUCUGAAUCCUCCGAACAGAAGUCGUCGCAAUCCUGACUGGAAGGUCAACAACGCCAGUCUUCAAGGUACAGAUUUAUUCGCUUGCAAAAGUAGAUUUUUUGAUCCAAUAUUUUUCGCCGGUUCUAAAUGGUACACAGCUCCAAUCCUUUCAGCGGAUCAUAUAAAUAGUUUUGUACUGAUUGAUAUUUUCUAACUUUUUUAGUUAGCGAUUUUUAUGGAUUUGGAUUGAUGGAUGCGUAUGAUAUGGUUCGAUAUGCAAAGAAUUGGAGUCCUGUUCCACAACAACUGCAUUGUGAGGUUAACCUCAAGUAAGUAAGAAAAUUCGUGUACUACUUUAAACAUUUUUUCUACGCCUUUUAUUUCAUAAUAUAUGCAUUUAAAUUUAAUGCAUCCUAAUUUGUGUCGAUGAUAAUUCAAAUCACAUCAUUUUACAUCAUUUUUGUUUCACAACACCUUAACUUCAAUAACAAAACCUUAUUUUCUCAUAGCCGAAGCAAUAGAAACUGCCAAGAUUCCAGGGAGUUUUCCCUCUUUAGAUACAUUUACGGAGCAGUAACAUCAUAACUAUAACUUGAUAUGCUGCUGUUUUUUCCCUUUGGAUAGUAUGUUUAGUCGUUUUUAUUACAGCAAAUUCGAUUAAAAUAAAGUUAGGUGCACAUUGUUUUCGAAAAUUUCCCGUUCGUUUGAUGUAUGUAAACCUAAAUUUAGGAACAUUUCGUGUAAAUUUUAAGAAAUGUAAAUUUUCUUCGCUUUGUCAACGUGCAUCGUUUAUUUCUCAUGAUAAGGUAUCUUACGCCAUAAAAGUUGCUUUCGACAUUACUGAUCGAAGCAGUCUGUGGGCCCCGUACAUAGACUCCCGUUUUCCCUUUUUAUUCAAAUUACGUUAUAGAAACUUUCACCAAAAGGUACAACAAAAAAUUGCAACAAAUUCAAUGAAAAACCGAAUUCUAGUUAAAACCGACGCCAUGUUCAAUAGAUAAACUACGAAUAAAACUUUAUUAACACUGAACUUUCAUUGACACUAGCUGAACAAUGCAAAAUUUUUUUUUCAAGCUCAUUAACGCGGGAAAUUCCCUGGAGCGAGGAGUUAUUACUUACCUUGACUGUAAACAGAGAAAAUUGUGGUAUCCGAUUCCUAGAGUAUGUGGAAGUUCAAAUCGACCUGACUUUCCCUCGACGAGGUAAUCUGCAGAUGUUUUCAGAAUCACCAGGGAGAACACGAUCCCAGCUUCUUUAUCCACGAGCGUUCGACAGUAUCGUUGGCACAAAAAAUUUCACAAAGUGGACAGUAAGCAGUCUACAUUAUUGGGGAGAGGAUCCUAUUGGAGAUUGGAAAAUAUUGAUAGAAAACUCCAAGCCAGGAAGAAAAACUAGGAAUGGUAAUAUGCUUGUGUUAUAUUCGGUAGAGAAAGCCGUCCAAUUUAAACUGAUUAUGCCUCCCACUUUGUUUUUUCAGCAGUUUUAGCGAAAUUCUCCCCAUCUUCAGAGUCACCCACGAAAUUGACGGUAAUGAAAUCAAGAGGUAAAUGAUUGGUGUCAAAUUUGCUUUUAUACUAUUUAGUUAUUAUCCUAUCUAUACAUUUAUUUAUUACAUAAUAAUUACCUCGUGUUAAUUCAGUAAGAAUUGGCGGACAACAAAGCUUCAGAAAACGAAAAUUAGUCUUUUCAUAAAAAAGAGUCGUUUUUCUUCCAUUUUAUGUCAAUACAAUCACACGAAAUUGUGAUUUGCAGAAGGUGAUUAUUCUAUGUUUUCUUUACUCAGCUGGUAAUUAUUCAGACUGGUCUUCCUGGUCCCCGUGUAGUGUACCGUGUGGAGAUGGACACCAAACGCGUCAUCGUUCGUGCACUAUGAGAUCACAGUGUAUUGGAGAUGAAGAAGAGGAACGAUAUUGCACAUCCGGAAUUUGUCCAACCCAAGGUAAAUCUCUCACAGCUCUUGCGUGUUAAAAAGUAUUAGUUCGUAAACUCAGUUUUUACGAUCAAUGCGAGAUGAUUAAAGAUGGUGAAAAAUCGCGUUGUUGACUAAAAGAGGUUUUUCUAAGACCCAACACAACCAUAACUGGAGAAGAGAAAAACUUUAAAUUACUCACAGCGAUUAACGCCCUUAUGGGACUUUUUUGCCGGUUACAGUCAGUUGUGCCCAGUAGAGUUUACGUUCCGUAAAUAAGAAAUGAAUAAAUGGGGCAAGUUUCUAAAGAAACGGUGGUGCUACAUCGGUGGGGGAGGGGGAUGGGGGCGCUGUAAUAAGAUAAUUUGGUUCUAUCAACUGAGUUAGUGAUGUAAAUGGGCCACUGUAAAGAGUUUCUGAAGCUGAAGUUCCGAGCGUUAGCACUUCGUCAGAGCAAAACGCACGAAACGUCAGCCAUAGAACUCUCUACGGUGGCCAAUUUCCAUUUAUCAACUGAGUUGAUAAAUGGAAAAUAAUGAAUGGGCGCGCGAGAUAUGGAAUUUAUCUUCGAGUGUUCAACCCGAUAUCUCACCCUCUCGGGUAAGAGAAAUUCGAUAUUUACAAGCAACCAUGUAUAAUUUUUUUACCAUAUAAACACAACAGCUCUUUAUCAAAAAGAAAAGUCGAUUUAUUAAUGAAUCAAUCAUAAUGAUGAAAAAAUUAUGAUCCACAAUCUCGAUUGAAGGAAUCUCGAUUGAUGGUGGUUAUUCUCCAUGGUCCCAUUGGUCCAGGUGUAGCAAGACAUGUGGAGAAGGAAGUCAACAGCGUUCUCGCAGGUGCAACAACCCCUCCGCCGGCGAAUGGUGGAGCAGACUGCAGGAGACUGGGUAAAGAUAUGGAAAAACGAAGUUGCAGGGAACGUCGGUGUCCGGGUAAGUUCGAGGAAACAGAGAAAUGACAAUUGCGACGUGUUAUAAUUUCUGGCCGAAAACGAUUUGUAAUCAUGAUGUUUCUUACGUGUCCCCGUAGUUAAUGGUGGUUACACAGAGUGGAGCAGUUGGAGUAGCUGUAGCAAAUCAUGUAACGGAGGAACUCAGCGACGAGUUCGUUACUGUUCCAACCCGACACCAGCACAUGGCGGGAGAGGUUGCUGGAGACUGGGGCGGAGUACACAACGACAAGCAUGCAAUACGCAUCAAUGCCCUGGUAAUUUCUUAAAUAAUUUAUCCACUGUAGUAAGCAUUCGAUAACCUGCGUUCGGUGAUAUCACCAAUAGUCCCUUUCUGUGAAGAAUCUGGUGAGUACUCAGACUUGCUUUUUAAUGAAUCCAAAAUCCGAAUGGAACUAUGAUACAUUGAUCAUAGCCUUAAAGUGUUCAGUAGUGAUCUUUGAAUAGCAAUGUAUUAUAAGCUGGUUCUACAGCGACAAAACUUGGCCUAGAAUUGCUUAAUAAAGGUAGUAAUAAUGUGUUUUUGUCAUUGGUUCCUAGGUGUGGGAAAUUGUAAGACAAUUAAUACGUGUCGUGAUUUUUGGCAGGCACAAGUCAUAUUUUAAAAGCUGCAAUUUGAAAACCUCUAAACAUUACAAGUGACUUUUAAUCACGGAAUGCACCUGUAUAUUAUGAGUUGCCUUGUGCAUCAUGUAUUGCGUACACCUUACAUGCAACAGUUUUAAAUGGUUCUAAAUAUCCCUACAUGUUUCAUUACAAAGCCCUAAAAAAUAAAUUGGUUUUAUUCUUUACAAUGAUAUAGGUCAUCUCUUUUCAUUGAAAUUAAUUCUGCAUGGAACCAAAGAGGACCCUCUCGCAAACAACCCUCUAGUUGAUAGACGGAGAAAGGUGAUAAGGAAUGUAGAUAUCAGUGCACGCAUAAGAGGUCAGUCAAAGAUCAUCAGUUAUUAUCCAUCAAAUAUUUUAGCGUACGUGCGAUUGGUCUAAGGGCGUCUCAUGAUCAAAUAUGCCCCAGCUGAAACUGGGAAUAUCCAGUGAUAUUCCCCGAUUUUCAAACCGAUAUGACAAAAUUCUUUUAUUAAAAUUUGAUUCAAGAUAGAAAACGUCUGUUAUCGUUACAGAAGGAAAUACAUGUUUGUAUUUUUUUAGAAAUUCGUCCCAAUAAACACCAAAAAGUUAAUAUCGACCAGUAAACAGUACCGUGCGUUGCAAAAAAUGUUUGAAGGAUAAUAAACAGAACCUUCCAUUAGAGACGCAAAAAUAUGCACUUACAUACUCACAGUUUUCCUUGAGGUUCGAGCUCGGGGAAACUGUUCGCAUCAUGGAACAGAUGAUGUUCAAGGACAAAUAUCCGUGCAUAUUUUCGCAUGAAAUGGCAGCCGUUGUUUAAAUUCUGAUUAUUCUGAUUAUCGUGUCUGUGUUAUCUGCCAAAGCCGAAGGCUUCGGCAGAUAACUCAGACCUCGACAUCGUUAACUCAUGACAUUAAGCUCAACUUCAUCCAAUGAUUGCAUAUUAUUGGUGUUCUCUCCACAUUUGGCAUCUUUUGGUAUCUAUUAUUAAACAAGUACAAUACUAGUUGUUCGAAGAUUUGUUCAGUUCAAAUAUGUUUCAAGCCACUGAGACCGCUUUUAAUCUGAAUUCUGUUCACCUUAAAUGCUCUUUCUCUACGUUUUUGCCUUUUUCUUUCUCGUGUUAGCGUUUUGAAAAUUGCGCAACAUUUCUAGCCGAAAAAAUAGAAAAGAAGGUUUCUAUGACAAUAGUCCUAUGUCCGUACUUUCGUACGAUGAUCACUAGAAAUUACAUUCAUAGCCAAAGUGUAUUCCAAUAAGUUCAUUUGCAAGUCGUUCCGUUACUUUUCAUAGAUAUUCCAGUUCAUGGAGGUUAUACACCAUGGAGUAGAUGGAGGCCUUGUACCAAGUCAUGCGGUGGAGGAAUGCAGAUUAGCACUCGUUCAUGUAGUAAUCCCAAACCAGCAAACAAGGGAAAAGAUUGCAAGGGACCAUCUGAAAGAACACGAAGCUGUAACAGCUUUAGUUGUCCAGGUAAAUUCUAAUGAUCAAAAAUUGGCUGAGAAACUUUAUAAUUAUCAAAUUUAUCUGGCUUCAACUGAAAAUCUUUCGUAUUCAAAACUCUCACCCUUGAUAAUAUUAAUUGAACGGUGGUAUUUUUUUCAGUUUCUUGGAGCUUUACCUGAAGAGCCUUUUCAACCGUAAUUUGCGUAGUGAAUUCAAAGGCCUUUUAUUUAAGAAGUUUAUGUCCAUUGCCUUGAGACUCGAGUCUUUUUACUGUUCAGGUGCAGUUGGUUUCUUGAUCGACAAGGAGCUUGAAAUGCACAUUUCGUUUGUUUGGCUUGUACUCUGUAUGCACGAGGUGUAGCACAGUCCAAAAAAGUGAAUACCUGCGAAACAUCGGCCACACGGGCUUUCCUAUUUCUUGAAAUACGACGGUUUCUUGAGCGAAGAUUUUUCUGUAAUGUUAUUAGAAGAUGUGAAGGUGGCAAGGGUUGAAGUCCCAGGGUUGGAAUAGAAUCUUUGAUCUUCGUUCUUUCUUUCAAUUUUAAGAUUUUUCCCGGCCUCCAGUUUUUUCUCUAAGCAUUCCAUGUCCAGGUAAUAUUUAACUUUUUCUUUUACUUUGGCAACAAUACCACAACGUCAUGAGGGCGGUAUUGCCUGUAGUCCCCUUGACUGACAAUUAUUUGGGGAUUUUUUUGCCUAACCCUUUUUUAAUUAAUCGUUUUUUUAUCAUAUGUUUUCAUACCGAAUUCACCAACAUAUGCAACCGUUAUAGGAGGUUUAAAAAUAGCACACCCUCUUAUUCCAAUCAUUCAUUUCAUAUCAUGUGGUGUGUAAGGACUGGUCAUUUUCCAUUAGUUAGCUUAUUUGUAGGUCUCAACUUUGCGACUUGUGCACAAAUCACAUCUAUUGAAUUUUUUAACAAGUUGAUGGUUCGAUCAGCAACAAAAGAUUAAUCAAACUGUACAAAUGCAUAAGAAGGUUGUUUGCGAAUUUUUUUGCUUUACCUUUUUUUAUUAUUGGAUAAUAAUGGAGUGAUCUUCAGUUCGCAGUGACAAAGAGUGUCAAAAAGAGCUUUGAAAAAUUUUGGAUUUGUGACCGUUUAAAUUCAUUACGUUGCGAUGUUUUGAGAAGUUUUUGCCUUAAAUAGAUAGCCUAUCAUGUACAUACUAAAUUAGUCAAAAGAAACGAUGAAAUACAUAGUAAACUCUAAACUGUUUGGGGACAGAUCUGUUUUAAAAUACCUCUUAUAAAAUCAUUGCAGUGCGUGAUCAUGAUAGGAGACAAAACUCCAAAUACGUCGUUUCGGUCCAGUCCCACCGGAUCCGCUCGCAAUGAAAAACGACUUAAUUACCUCUAACAUAAGCUUAAGGUGCAAAGAUGAAAUUGGCCCGAAAUGAUAUCCUAGGAAAAAAGACAUGCUAAAAGUACGUUUAACUUUCAUAUCGGUGUUUUUAAACUUCCAGAGGAGCAGGACAAAACGAGCGCAAACUAGAAACUACUUUAUCAGUGUGCCAAAUAGAGGUUUCUGACCAAAUUGGAAGGUGUGAAAAAACCUUUUACUAGUACCGAGCUCGAGGUGGAAUUUAUGGCUCAAGCACAAUUGAGUGAUUAUUUGUAUCUGAUGAGAAAUCCGAAUUAUUCCAAAAUCUAAAGGGGAAAGUUUUAGUAACUUAUGACAUAGCAAAUCUCUAGUAUCUAGUGAAUAGUUUUUCAAGUCUUUUAAACUGUGGGAUAAUCGAUAGUACGGUACUGGUUUGAAUAGAGAGAGAUCUAAUUAAAGCUAAAAAUGCAAUGCGGACCUUAGGUUUUGAACAACAAAACAUACUCUUAGUCCAGGAGGAUCAAAAUUAACAUUCCAGUUCACGAUACCGUGUUUUAUUUUUAUAAGGAACCCCGAUUGAUGGUGGUUACACAGAAUGGAGCAGUUGGAGUAGCUGUAGCAAAUCAUGUAACAGAGGAACUCAGCGCCGAGUUCGUUACUGUUCCAACCCGAAACCAGCACAUGGCGGGAGAGGUUGUUGGAGAUUGGGACCGAUUGCAAGAAUACGGAGGUGCAAUACGCAUCAAUGCCCAGGUAACUCAUCAACUUUUCCCACUAGAAACCAAGUGAGAGAUGGUAUUGCCUUUUGUCAUUAUCUCCUUAUCUUCCUUGUAAGUGUUAUUUCUUGCUGUCGAGAAUUUUUGAAGACCUCGGAAACUUCUUUAUAUUUAGCACACUGUUUCGUUGGAUAGGACACUUGUUGGGAUUGAAAAUUUAUAGAGAAAAAAAAAAACCCAAAUUUUCCAUUGGCUAUGCUAUUACUGAGAAAUUACACGUCAAAAACGAUCAAUCCCAUGAAAGCAUUAUGCUGCUUCGUGAUUUUUGUUAAGUUAAAUGAAUUUGUCGCGGUGCCUGCCGGUACGGUAAAUUUCGAGGCGUGCGUGGGGAAUCAAUUUCACUUCCGUGAUGUCAAUUUUUAUUUCAGCCAAUCGCAGGUUGCAGAAGUGAGUUCCUCAAACAUUAGUAUUACUCCUUAUGAACAAAGUUAAGGGUUUCCUUAUUGGUGCUCUGCAGUUGGAAUAGAGAAUCGUAGGCAUAGUUCUUAGCAGAUAUAUCAGACAACUUGAAGGCAAAAAACCUAUCACCGCAAACUAAAAUAAAUCGCCGAUCCUGAAAACAAAACUCGCACAAAAUUUAAUUAUUUGCGGUUUUAAAGGUACAACUGAAUUUUGUUCCAACAAUUUCUAUAGCUAAGGCCCCCAGUGCUCUGAAAGCUUGUCCCUAUUUACUAAUACUUUUCCAAUCUGAAUAGAAUUCUUUUUAUGUGUCUUCCAGCCACGUCCUGUCAAGAUGGUAGCACAUCCUGCUCUUCCUGGAAAAAUAUGUGCUCUAUAAGCAGUUUCAUUCGAGAAACAUGCUCCAAGACUUGUGGUUCAUGCAAAGGUAUCGUGACUUUCCUAGUUAUUCUUUUUGCUUUGAACCCCUUAACUCCCAAGAUUUUAUUGUCAGUUCUCCCCUCGUGCUGUUACAGUGAAGAAAUGUAAAAUGGUUUCCGUGUUUACAUAGCCUGAUGGAGGUUGGGAGAACACGAGAUCUCCUCCCAAGUGACCUCCCAAGAGACCUCCCAAGUGUUUACACCAGGCAAUGUAAACACGGAAACCAUUUUACAUUUCUUUUAUAAAAUAACUUAUGAAAGAGGAACGAAAACCGAUCAGAGCACGCGUACUAUUUGAAUUAUUUUGUGAAAUUCCUUGUAAAUUAGUUAUGAGAAUUUAGUGUUAGAUAAGGAUAACAAAAAUCUACUUGAUAAGUUCGAGUUUUCUCAUCACCUAUUUGCUGUAUAAUGUAGGGAUAUUAUGGGGAGAAGUUUCAUGUUAGUGUCUUCUGGGACUUAAAGGGUUAACAGCGUUAGCGCUCAUUAAAUUAUUGUUAUAAGAUUAUUCUUUAACAGAACCUUCUCCGUUUUGUAGUACAGAACGCUGCAUUAAUAUGAUAAUAUACAGAUUUAGCCAAGCUUAAAAGUGGAACUCGCAUUUUUUUUUCCUGCACGUCUUAAGGGCACAACGCCUUGCCCCGGCCAGGACUAGAACCCGGGUCGUCCGACUCGGAGCCCAGUGCACUGACCACUGGACUAGUGGACAAAGCCAUGGCGUUGGCGUGCCCGCGGUACAGUUGACCACGCAUGUUAAAAGUAGCACCUUGUACGGUCGGUCGUACGGUCGUAAGUCCAAAUUUUUUCGGCUUGAUGGGUUGCUACUACCAUUUUGUAUAAUUAUGGGGCUACGCUCUGCGAGCUCCGCUAUCAUUGCUACUGAUUGGGAGCAAUGGAACUCAGGUGAAAUAUGCAUAGGGCCUCUGUAACUUAACCAAUGAAAUCAUUGAACUGUUUUUUUUUGCUCUGAUGAUUCCUUUUUAUGCAUAACGACCUACUAUUUGUAUUUUAUUUCAGUUUGAAAGAAUUCGGAAAUUUUCUGCAAAGCCACCUUAUUGACUACUCUGACGCUGAAAUUACAUUAAGAAAGAUAACUGGCCCUCUAUCACGAGCGUCCUCAAGAAAUUGGAAAGAUCUCUUAUUUUAAAUCAAGAAUAUCCUUAUGUCACUUUGUCCACAAAGUCUUUUUUCUGAAUUUAAGUUUACAAACCCCCAAGGUUUUUUUGUUAGGUUUCCUCUUCAUUAAUUUGUCCCCU